AAUGGGAGGCCUUCCUGGCCAGGGGGCGGGGCCGGAGGAGUUGGGCCGCGGAGGCAGUUGGCGGAGUGUGUGGGUUCUCCUGCCCGGCAGCUACGGGGCGCCCGCGGCUAGUCCGUCCCGGUCGCUGCGUCCCGCGUGGUGCAGGCUGCCCGCUGAGCUGAGCGGCGGCGGGACCUGACGGACGCGCCUCCCGGCACGCCAGGCUCCACACUUCCCUUCGCCCGCACUUCCUCCUGCCGCAGCGCCGUGCCGGCUGGGCGGGCGGGAUGGCGGCCCGGGGGAGCUGCCCGGCGCCGACGCGACGGCUGCUCGUGCUCCUGCUGCUUCCGCUGCUCUGGGCCCCGGUGGGGGUCCGAGGCGGCCCGGACGAAGACCUGAGCCACCGGAACCAGGAGCCGCCGGCGCCCGCCCAGCAGCUGCAGCCGCAGCCCGUGGCAGUGCAGGGCCUCGAGCCGGCCCGGGCCGAGAAAGGAUUUACACCAGCCGCCCCAGUUCACACCAACAGAGAAGAUGCAGCAACCCAGACGAAUCUGGGGUUUAUCCAUGCAUUUGUUGCUGCCAUAUCAGUCAUCAUAGUGUCUGAACUCGGCGACAAGACGUUUUUCAUAGCUGCCAUCAUGGCGAUGCGUUAUAACCGGCUGACUGUGCUGGCUGGCGCCAUGCUUGCCUUGGCCUUGAUGACAUGCUUGUCGGUUUUGUUCGGCUAUGCUACAACAGUCAUCCCCAGGGUGUAUACCUACUAUGUCUCAACUGCGCUCUUUGCCAUUUUUGGCAUCCGAAUGCUUCGGGAAGGUUUGAAGAUGAGCCCAGAUGAGGGUCAGGAGGAGCUGGAAGAAGUUCAGGCAGAGUUGAAGAAGAAGGACGAAGAAUUCCAACGAACCAAACUCUUAAAUGGACCAGAUGUAGAAACUGGUACAAGCACAACAAUACCUCAGAAAAAAUGGUUGCAUUUUAUUUCACCCAUUUUUGUUCAAGCGCUCACGUUAACAUUCUUGGCGGAAUGGGGAGAUCGCUCUCAACUCACUACUAUUGUUCUGGCAGCUAGAGAGGACCCCUAUGGUGUAGCAGUGGGUGGAACAGUGGGACACUGCUUAUGCACUGGACUGGCAGUCAUUGGAGGAAGGAUGAUAGCACAGAAGAUAUCUGUUAGAACUGUGACAAUCAUAGGAGGCAUCGUUUUUUUGGCAUUUGCAUUUUCUGCACUAUUUAUAAGUCCAGAUUCUGGCUUUUAAAACGCUGUCCAUCUGUAUUCAACUUAAGAUAUGCAACUUUCUGUACAUAGUGUACAUUACAACUAAAAGUAAUGGAAAAUACUGUAUUUUGUAGUAUUAAUUUGUAAGUUUGACCCAUUUACUGAAGUAUUAUGUCCAAAAGAGAUAAUCAUUGAUCUUAUUCGUAAAAAAUUUUAAAAGAAAGUCUGAUUUCUAAGUGGGUUUUCCUCUAGCCUGAUUAUGUUAACACUCAAGCCCUGCUUCGUUUGGAUAAAUGUGUCCACUGCAGUGGGACUGACCUCUUGAGUUUUCUUGUUGUAUGAUGCUUUUAUAAAUAUAUUUUCUCCUUGGUCACUGGGUGUUUAUAUGUAUAUCUUAAACAUUUCCUUGGGGGAAAGAAUGAAUUGUUUGUACUUUUAAAACCAUAUUCCGGAGCCAGUAGAGUGAUCAGUAGUUUUAUCUUGUCUUUUGAGAAUUAGGAUUAAAGAGAGAAAUAGGUUUUACUGUUGUAUCGAUAACAUGCCGUAAGAUUUGUUGGCUAGGUCCAUUCUCUUAUUUUUUUUUAAUUGGGUAGGACACCCAAUAUAAAAAUAGUCAAUAUUUGACAACAUGGACUUACCAAAUUAAAAGAGAAUACUAUGAAUGUAUUCCUAUUUUUUUCUAUAUUGAAUAAACAAUGUAACAGAUACAAUGUAAAUAAAAGUGGUAUGAAUAGUACUUGUUUUUCCUUGUGUGUUAUACAAAAUACUUCAUAUCUUACCAAAGAAGUAGUAGUACUCCCUAUUUAUUGUAUUGACAUUCUGUUAUUUCCUUCAAGGAACUAAUAUGCAAUUUAGUCCAGAGCACAUCAUCCCUUGUGCUAAGGGUGUUCCCCAGUAAUUACUCCAAGUAUAUUCUGACAAUGCUGUACACUCAGCAAAAGCUGUUUUCUCCCAGCGCGUGUUCUAGUGUAACGUGGUAGCACACUGCCGUCAAUAAUCUCUUUAAAUGUGAAGGCUGCUUCCUCUCUAGAAGUGUCCAGGUAGUCCCUGUGGAACAUGACAGAACACUGCAGUUUGCUGAGCGAUGACAAAGGUCCACAAUGUAAUUUGUAAUUUGAGGAGAUUGUGAAGAACUAGCUAAGUCACCUAGCACUGUAAUGAAAACUGUUGAAAGUUACUUUUUAGUUGUUAGCUGUUCUUCCAAAUAUUGUUGGGCAACAGCAAAUAUUGAUGAAGUCUUUUCUGCAAGCUUUUAAGGAGUUUCUAACUCAAUAAAAACUGCUGAAGGACAAAACAAAAAACAAUUUCCAUGAAAACAAAACACUUUAAAGAAAUCCUAAGUCAUGUCCCCACACUGCACCUUCUAUAUAGUUAGACCUACACUGCACCUUCUAUAAAGUUAGACCCCCACACUGCACCUUCUAUACGGUUAGACCCUCACACUGCACCUUCUAUACGGUUAGACCCUCACACUGCACCUUCUAUACGGUUAGACCCUCACACUGCACCUUCUAUAUGAUUAGACCUACACUGCACCUUCUAUAAAGUUAGACCCCCACACUUCGCCUUCUAUAUGGUUAGACCCCCACACUGACCCUCACACUGCACCUUCUAUAAAGUUAGACCCCCACACUUCGCCUUCUAUAUGGUUAGACCCUCACACUGCGCCUUCUAUACGGUUAGACCCUCACACUGCGCCUUCUAUACGGUUAGGCCCCACACUACACUGCACCUUCUAUACGGUUAGGCCCCACACUACACUGCACCUUCUAUACGGUUAGGCCCCACACUACACUGCACCUUCUAUACGGUUAGGCCCUCACACUGCCCCUUCUAUACGGUUAGACCCCCACACUGCUCCUUCUAUAUGUUAGACCCCGCGUAACUGUAGAAAGCAGCCAGCAGUGCAGCCCCAGGCCUAGGUGAGGGCGUGAGUACUAAGCAUAACUGUUUGAGAAAGCAGUCUUGCAGCAGCAGGGCAUCAUUUCUUAGAGUGGUAAUUAAAACCUAAGCUACAAGGUAAACACUGCUAACACAAUUAGGCCCCACUGUUGAAUAAAGAGAGGAAAAUGUCACUGACAGAUUUUAAAACAUUUAAUGGUCUUUCUAUAAAUCCAAAUGUGACUCUUACAUGUGAUGUGCCACAUAAGGCAGGUGAUACUGAGAAGCAGCACUGAGGUAUUCUUUAUUUUUAAAAUUGAAGGAAACAAAGUUUGGGUCUAAUUAUUUUGACAUUAAAAACAAAAACAAAAGAAAAACAUUGCUACUGCUUGGCUCUUUUGCUGCAGUUUUAGAUUCUGAAUACAAGAGUCUAUGGAGACGAGCAUAGAACAUAAAGAUUUUAAGUAAAGCUGUGCUCAUAUAGCAAGAGGCCCGAGUGAAGGCAUGCUGGUAACAAAUUUUCACUUCUUAAAAGGGGAACUUCAACAACAAAGGAUAACCAAUUGUAUCAAAAUUAAUUAAAAUAGCAAUAUUCAGCUGGUAAUAAGAAUCCACAUUUUAUUCAGUACUGUAUUUCCAAUGUAGCUUAUGAAAACUAGGGAGCCUAAUAUAGCACCACUGAAACCAUUCAUUAUCUGUUAUGCUUCUGUGGAGUUUAGGGUUUUGGCAAAAGGAUAAUGCCUGGAAGAAUGCCAUUCUUUUUAAAAUAAAUUUAUUUCAAUUAAAUGUUUGCUUUGUGGGGAUCACUAGCCAUACACAUCUCUCCCUUUGGAGCUGGAAAUGAUGAGCUACGUCUACUCUUGUUUUAAUUUAAACUCAGAACCAAGCAGUAAGGACAGCAAUGUCAAGAACAGCAGAGCAAGAACCACACGGAACAGCAAAGAAUCUGGUGCAUGUUUAUACAACCACUAACUGAUUUAACAAAGUUUACAAAGAUAAAACUUAUAUAUUUUUUGUACUAACUGGUUUUAAAACAGCACUAAUUUAACUUGUCUUUGGGCUUCAAUCUUUAUACAGGGUGAAUUUGAAAGUGCUAUACUAGAGCUUUCCCCAACUUAAACCACAAUAAAAUAGAUUCCAAAAUAA